AGCUCCGACCAGCGUCUCGGCGGCGCCGCGGGAUUUACAGAUGGAUUCCAUGGAAAAGACAACAAACAGAAGUGAACAGAAAUCAAGAAAGUUUUUAAAAAGCCUCAUCCGGAAACAGCCCCAGGAACUGCUCCUGGUCAUGGGGACGGGAGUCAGUGCGGCCGCGGCCCCAGGGAUCCCCGCCCUGUGCUCGUGGAGGAGCUGCAUCGAGGCCAUCAUCGAGGCCGCGGAGCAGCUUGAGGUGCUGCACCCCGGGGACGUGGCCGAGUUCCGCAGGAAGGUGACCAAGGACGGGGACCUGCUGGUUGUCGCCCAUGACCUGAUCCGGAAGAUGUCCCCUCGCACGGGCGACUCCAAGCCCAGCUUCUUCCAGGACUGCCUGCUGGAGGUGUUCGACAACCUGGAGCAGCACAUCCAGAGCCCGCUGGUGCUGCAGUCCAUCCUCAGCCUGAUGGAGAGGGGCACCAUGGUGCUGACCACCAACUACGACAACCUGCUGGAGAUCUUCGGGCAGCAGCACAACAAGCCCAUGGAGUCUCUGGAUCUGAAGGACAAGACCAAGGUCCUUCAGUGGGCUAGAGGACACAUCAAAUACGGAGUUCUUCACAUUCACGGCUUAUACACAGAUCCCUGCGGGAUGGUGUUGGACCUAUCGGGAUACAAAGACGUUACCCAAGACCCGGAAGUCAUGGAAGUUCUUCAGAACUUGUACCGCACCAAAUCCUUUCUGUUUGUGGGCUGCGGAGAGACCCUCCGUGAUCAGAUAUUCCAGGCCCUCUUCCUUUAUUCGGUGCCGGACAAGGCGGAUUUGGAGCACUACAUGGUUGUGCUCAAGGAGAGCGAAGACCAUUUCUUUAAGCAGCAGGCGGACAUGCUUCUGCGUGGGAUCAAAGUCGUGUCCUACGGGGACUGCUUUGACUGUUUUCCGGGGUACGUGCAAGACCUCGCCACUCAGAUCUGCAAACAGCGAAGUCCAGAUGCCGAUCGAGUGGACAGCACCACGUUGUUCGGUAAUGCAUGCCAGGACUGUGCAAAGAGGAAGUUAGAAGAAAAUGGAAUUGAAGUUUCAAAGAAACUCAGACAAUCAGAUACUGAUGAUGCUGGAGGGUCUUGAAAUCUUUAAGACCAAUAAAACCUGCAACUUGAAAACCAGCCUUCUGUAACCACAGUGCCAUCCCAAACGAUGAGGAAUGUUAGAGAACUCCACACAGGACCUCUUGAUCUGAACCGUUAAAUACCCCAAAAGAACCAUGCGGGUGUGUGGCCCUCAGAGGCUGGGUGAGGGAGUUAGGCGUUGUGUUGAACUGCUUGGGAGGUGACGCAUACACACGGCAGGUGUCCUUUGUGAGGACUGAUACACAGCUACCUCAGGGACCAAAUCAAUGGGCAGGGACAUACCUGGUAUUCCCGACUCCCAUUUGAUAUGCCCUCUGUCAGGUGGUUUUUUUCUCUAAUAAAAGGGGGAAAGUAAAGAC